AUGUCUAAGGAUGAUACUAAUAAUUGCGAUCAUAUCUCAACAAAAGAUGUAAAAAUAGAUGACCUAUUACGAAGAAAACCACAGUUUACUAAAAAUACCCCUAUUGAUAAUUUUUUCCAAGAUUUAGAUACAAAUUAUCUUCAAAAAAUUAAAACUACAAGUAUCGAAACCUUUUGUUAUGAAGAUUGCGGCUUCUCAAGCCCACUAGAAUUUGUAAAUGAAUUGAUUAGCAAAUUAUUGACUUUAAAUAAAUUACUUUUGGAUAACCAAGCUAAUGAAGAAAAUUGCAAAAAAAAGGAAACUUUAUUACCCAUUUCAUUGCAUGACAUGAAGUAUUUUGAAUUAUUGGUGAAUUUAAUCAUAAUCCAAGGUAUUUACGCCAAUUUGCCUGAUGGUGUUGGGAUCCCUAUGGAACAAAGGAAUUUACAAGACUUUAAAAAUACUUAUAGAAAUAAAAUUUUCAAAAUUUCAGGUAGCCGUACCUCUAAGCAAAAUAUUUCAUGUUUAAAAAGUAUAGUUAUGGCCUUGUAUAAUGGUAUUUUGAAACCUGAAAGCAGUUCGAUUAUUAAAGAAUUAUUUUUGAAAGGCACUGGUUAUUCAGAUAUAUUGGUUGGGAUGCUUGUACUAAGUCUGUAUGAUACUGAUGAUCAUGCAUACAUGACUGAAGAGUUUGAAAAUUUAGAAUCCAUGCAAAAAACAUAUAAUCUAUAUGAAUUAUACACUGUGUUAUUCCAAUCCACUGCUCACUUACAAGUUAAACAGGAAUUUUUAAACAGAUUGACCACAUUGCCAUUAAAAAGAUGUAAAGAUGGGGUUAUCUCAUUGGCAGAGUUUAUAUUGCUCGACAGAGAACAAGAAAACGAGUUUCGGAUGGAUAAUUUAACCAAAUUUGUUAUGCUGCUAACAUCCAAGCCAAAAAAUAUAAAGAGUGUUGAAUAUUUCAACAAACUUUUCCCACAAAUUAGAGAUGGUUUAACAAAUAUAAAUAAUUCCAUACUAGUCACAAGUUUAAAUGCUGUCAUUACCGAUUUUUAUUUUAAAAAUAAAAGGAUUAUAUAUGAUUUUCUUUUCCAGCCAAUAUAUGACGUUUUGUUUAAUUUAAAAAAAAAGCCUAUUGGCAUCAAACAAUUAAACGACACAAUAAAUAUUUUAAUUUCUCUUUCAAAACAAACCAAUAUGGAAUUACUUAAAGAUUUAAUUAACAAAUAUAAUGAAUAUGAUUUUUAUCUAUCUCUCUGGAGAUAUGCCAAUUUUGUCAAAACCCAUCCAUUGCCACAAUCGAAAGAUUACCAUAAAAUUAUAUUAAACCUAAUCAAGACUUUUAUGGAGUUGACUGGAACUUAUAAGGAUUUGAGCUAUUUGAUAUUAAACUUUUGUACCAUUGACGAGUAUAAUGAGAAAUGGGGUGUUUUGUUUAUGGAUUUAGAAGCCAAUUUGCCUAAAAUAAUUUUGGGGAAAUCCUCGGAUAUUGACAUACUCAUGGCCAACAAGACGAAUAAAGAAGGCGAAAACCACUAUACUGUUAAAAAGCUUCAACAAAAAUUUGUUAAUCUGGAUAAUAAUGUUAAUUUAUUUAUCGAAUUAUUAAAAUUAAUUAAUCAACAUGAAAUAACGAGUGAUGUUUUUUUAUCUGUUUUGAAUCGUUGGGUAAGAAACAAUGAGGGCGCACGAGAAGAUAAUACCGACGCCAGUAUUUUAGUAUUGAGUGAUUUAAAACUAUUAGAAAAAAUGAACCAAGAAUUUCAAACGGAUAUUGCGAAAAACCCAGAAGAAAUAUUAGCUCUUAUAUAUAACUUACUCGAUCUAAGGGAAUUGGAGGAGCAGCAUAAUGUCGGUGUUGCUAAGCAUACUAAAACUUGUGAUAACAUUCCAGACAGUGAUGACGAAGACGACGAAACAGAGGAUGAAACUCCGGUGGAUGACAGCAAUGACAUUUUCCUGUUACUUUUACAAUUGCUAUCAAACAUUAUCUCUGUAUCUGAUCCCCAAUUUAUGUCUGAAACAUCGCUUGAAACACUAAUACUGAUAAAAACUAGACUACUUGCAAAAUUCCCGCAAGAUAGACAAGCAACAUCUUUGGCACUUAGAAUUGAGGACAUAUGUUGUUCUAAAGAAAAAUUAAACAAUUGUACUAAUGGCUCCAAUAAUGACGCCGAAGACGCUGAUGAUAAGGAAAUAUUAAGAAAGGCUAUUAUAAAUAUAAAUGAUCCGUUAGUACCAAUUAGAGCGCAGGGGUUGUAUAUGCUACGCAGUUUGAUUUUAAACAAAUCCGAUGUAAUUGAUUUAGGUUUUGUUGUGGAUUUACACAUUCACCAAUUACAUGAUAAGGACCCAUUUAUUUAUUUGAAUGUUAUUAAGGGGUUAGUGGGGCUAUGUGAAUUUAAACCAGCCGAAUCCUUGGACAUUCUAAUCAAUUAUUACAGAAAUAAAGAUUCCAAAAAAAUAAGUUUAGAUGACAAUUUGAAAAUUGGGGAGGUUCUAAUAAACUACAUUAAUUUACAAAACGAAUUAUUCACCGGCGAAGGCGCCAAUAAAAUAAUAGAAGUUUGCCUUGAAAAAAUAAGAAAGGGCGACAACAAUAUCUCUGUUGAUAACAGAUUAAGGAUGUCUGCUAUGUCGUUAUUGGGCGCCUGUCUACAAGUUAACGCAUCCGGUUUAAACCCUACUUAUGUAUCGGAAAUUCUAGAUUGUUCUUUUGGUAUUUUGAAAUUUGAGAACGAUGGGGAAACUUCCAAACUAAUGCGCCGCAGUGCCAUUCACGUGAUCCAUGAUUUGUUGUAUAAUUCUGGAUUAGAAAACUUUCCAUCAGAGUACAGUGGUGCCAAUUUGCAAGAAAUAUUAACAUACACCAGGAGCAAAGAAACCGACUACUUAGUAUGUGAGCAAAUAGAUCAAGUAUUAAAACUAAUUGAUGAGUUCAUUAGAGAAUAUUUGAAAAUAGAUGAAACGGGCAAUUCUUUGCUUAAUAAUUUAAAAAUCAAAUAA